UAUGUUUUCGAAAGUACGGAACAAAUCAAAACGGUGCAGUUGGGCAGAAAGGAGGGAGAAAGAGAUCCCAAACGCAGUGCGCAGCUUUUGGCCUUGCGGGUUUCGGAAUCCUGCUCAUUCACUCACAGGCCACACCGGAGGUUUUCUUCUAAAACGGACUCAUACACACGGUAGACGUUUCUCGGGUAUUCUUGUCGAUAAAGUUGACGCUCAUGUAGUUCCUAAUGUCAAUCUUCUGAUAGAAAAUGGAGCUCGUGAAUCAGGUAUAUGAACCUUAAUUAAAAAUUGGCCGAGAGUUAUUACGACAGAUCAAGUUCGAUUCAAAGAGAUUGUAGAGGAAGUCAAGGAAAUGGGAAUCAAUCCUCUGAGGGCAAGUUUUUUUCAGGCUGUUUCAGCAAUUAGGGGAAUGAAUAAAUCUACAUGGGAGAGGAAGGUCAACGCUUAUAAGAGAUGGGGUUUGUAUGAGGAUGAGAUUCUUGUAGCUUUUGCAAAGAAUCCCUGCUGUUUCCGGGCAUCUGAGGAUAAGAUUAUGAGGGUGAUGGAUUUUUUGGUCAACAAGAUGGGUUUGGAGGCUUCCCUUAUUGUUGAACGCCCUUCACUUAUUAGUAUGAGCUUGGAGAAGCGACUUAUUCCAAGGGCUUUGGCGAUUCAAUUUUUGCAGUUUGAAGGUUUGGUUAAGAAGAAUUUUUACUUGCCUACGGCAUUUGAGUAUGUGGAGGAGUUGUUUUUGCAGAGGUUUGUGUUGCCUAAUAAGGAGGAAGCUUCUGAGUUGUUGCAGUUAUACAAGGAAAAAAUGGAUUUUCCAGAAUGACUAGUGAACAUAUGAUGAUAAAUAUGAGCCAACGAAUGAGAUGAAGCAGUUGUGGAGUGCUUAUAUUGUGUGUAAUGUUUCACUUGUUGAGUGAGUUACUUGAUCCAAUUACACUCUUUGGUAUUGAAACUUUCUCCAAAUCUGAUCCAAAAUUGGAACUGGUCCAAAUUCCAAACUGUUGGUAAAGGCCUAGUGCUUGUUUCACUGAGCUUGAAGAAGUGAAUCAUCACAAGAUUUGGUUAGGCUGAAUGUUUUUUUUUUUCUUAUUUGUUGAGCUAGUUAUCUUUUUGAGGAUCCUGCAAAGUAGUUUCUAGAAAGCUGGGAACUGUAACAAUGAAGCUUCCUAGCUGUUGAAACUAUCUUGAUGCUAGGGGAAAUUUAUAAGAGGGAGAGAUCAGUAGAUGCAGCAGCUAUUGUAAAAUGUUAUUCAAUGGAACAGAAUUGCAUUAUGGGUC